GUCUGUUAUAACAGGAUGAGAGGAAAUGGAUUUUGGAAACUAAAAGAGAUUGGAUAUAAGGAACAAGCUUUUAACAGUCAGGACGGUAAGAGAAUAAAACAGUGCAGAGGUGGAUGCCUUGUCCCUGAAGACGUCCAGUGUCAGACUGGAUGGGUCUCUGAGCACCCUGAUCAAGCUCGAAUCAAAAUUUUUCACCCCUGCGCAGAAGUACUUGCAGGUUGCAUAGCAUUUGGACCAGGAGAGCUCUUAGUAUACAGUGAUACUGGCCAAGGAGUAAGAACAUGGAUAAAACAAAUUUUGAAUCAAGACAUGGUUUUCCAGCAUAUAAAAGUGAUUUACCCAACAGCUCCUGCCAGGCCUUACACACCUAUGAAGGGAGCCACUUCCACUGUGUGGUUUGACAGAUAUAAAAUUUCUAAUGACUGCCCAGAACACAUUGAGAGUAUUGACGCUAUGUGCCAAGAACUUACAGAUUUGAUCAAUGAUGAGAUGAAAAAUGGCAUCACAAAGGGCAGGAUACUAAUAGGAGGCUUUUCUAUGGGAGGUGGAAUGGCAAUGCAUUUAGCAUAUAGGUUUCAUCAAGAUCUGGCAGGAGUCUUUGCACUGUCUAGUUUUCUCAAUAAAGAUUCUGCUGUAUAUGAGGCUUUGAAAAGAAAUGAAAGUGUUCUUCCAGAAUUAUUUCAGUGUCAUGGAACUGCUGAUGACCUAGUUCUGUAUUCUUGGGGUGAAGAAACGAACAAGAUGUUAAAGUCACUGGGAGUAUCAACUUCUCUUCAUACUUUUCCAAACCUCAAUCAUGAGUUAAACAGAAAUGAAAUAGAAGAACUUAAAACCUGGAUUCUAAAGAAGUUGCCUAUUGAAGCUGAAAAGUCAAAUGAAUAAAAGAUGUAGUAUUCAUGUA